AAAGCACAGACCCAGCUGCCCAUCGUUCCUUCCCUUCAGAGGCUCAUGAUCUAUCGCUGGGCUCACCAGGCCCUGGCUACCCCUGCUGAUCACCCUCUCAUGCCACUGAUCUGGCAGAAAUUCUUCCUCCUUUACCUGCACCGACCAGGACCACAAUAUGGAUUACCUGUAGAUGGGUGUAUUGGAAGACGUUUUUUCCAGAGUGCAGCUCAUAUUACCUUACUGAAUGAAAUGAAGCAGCGCUUAAUAGAGGUAGCAGACUUCCACCAUGCUGCCAGUAAAGCACUGAGGGCGGAGAGUCCCACAGAGGGCAGUGACAGAUCACCACAGAAGGCGAGCUGCUCACCAGCUUACCUGACUUCACCAGAACUGCAUAAGGAACUUGUCAGGCUUUGUAAUGUUUUUGUUUUGUGGCUGGAAGAAGAGAGUUUCCAGAAAGGAGACACGUACAUUCCUUCUCUACCGAAGCAGUAUGAUGCACACAGACUUGCCAAAGUCAUGCAGAAUCAGCAGGAUUUGUGGAUGGAGUAUGUCAAUGUUGAACUCAUACACCACGAGUUUCAGGAAGCUCUAAACCUUUGGCUACAGGUUCACCUUGAAUCACAUACCACCUGUAUUUCUGUUGGGCAGACAGAUUUCAUCAACCCUUUUUCAGCUAAAGAGAGGAUAAUGAGCAAUUUGAAGAAGUUUGAUACUCCCAAGCCCCUUCUUCCACUCCAGACUGUGAGAGCUCCUGUGCCAGUUAUUUCCUCUGCCAGUCUCAUAAGCCAGAAGGAAGCAAUUCAGCUCAUGCGUGUGGACCUUAACGUCUUGCAGCGACACGCCAAAACUGCAGCGCUCUGGGAGUCUCAGCAUGUUGCUCUCAACAGUGAAAUAUUGGACACAAUACCCAAGCUCUACAUCAAUCGGGAAGAGCAGAUCACCCUCCUCUUGGAGUGCAGGGGAACUUCAAAUAAAGGCUGCCAGGGAGCUGCUCUUCUAACAAUCCAGUUCGAAGGGAAACAUAAAAACGAAGCAGUGAGCCAGCAGCUUCAUGCUUUGCGUAAAGAAGUGAGACAGCUGCAGGCAGAAGCUAUGAAGCCACCUUCUCUAGGUGUUGUGGAAGCAGCAGUACACGUGGAAAAUUUUAUAACGGCCUUAAUAAAUAUCUACAAGGUGCAGCCUAUGCCUGCCAUUAAGAAAGUCGGAAUUAGUUUGUUUUUUACAUUAGUGGAAUAUGUGUGUGAUGAUACUCAACGCAAUCCUCCCACAAGGCAGUUCUUCACGUCCUGCAUCGAGAUUCUAGGCCAAGUGUUCAUCAGUGGGACUAAGUCAGAGUGCAAACGUCUCCUGCAGACGAUCCUGCAGAACCGAAGGCUCUGUACUCUUCUUUCUCCUUACUUCACUCCUGUUGCCUCUCCUGAUGAGUUUGUGACUUUAUAUGAGAAAGUCGUGUGCUUCCUAAGUGAGGAUAACAGUGAUGUUGUCUUCAUGCUGCUGACAAAGUUCGACCUUACGCAGUGGCUGAGCAUCACUAAGCCACCCCUAUCUGAACGUACCAAGCUUCUGGAGUCUAUUCACUUGGCUCUCAAUGCAUGUGGCCUUGAACCUGAGGAAGAUAUUUUGAUGCCAUUUAAUAUCUUCUGCAAGCACUGGACUAACCUUCUCCAGUAUCAGUUCCCUGAUCACUAUAGCGAUUUCCUAAGAUUGUUCGUGCAAAGCUCGUCAGAGCAGCUUCUAAGCCCUGACUGUUGGAAAGCAUCACUUCAAGCUUUGGGAUGUGGUUCACCAGCGGCUGAACAGGGAAGCUUCAAGAAAAGCGAUUCUGCGGAAAGUCCUGUAUUGCGGGAUGCUGCAGAAAGUCUCUUCUCUGCAGAACAGGUUAGAGAGACAAUAGAAUGGCUUUCCACUUCUUUCUGCAAACUCCGACUGGCUUCGAUGGACUUCAGGACUUUUGGCUUGUUCUCAAAGUGGAGUCCCUACGUGACUGAAGUGAAUAAAUUUAUGGAGUAUCUUACUAAGCGACUUAUUGACACCGAAGUUGCCAAUUUAGCCCAAGAACCUGUUGGCAGUAGCAGAAUUCUAGCAGCAUUGCAGUGGUUGUAUUCAGUCAUAGCUGGACUCUUUAAACCAUGGAUACUGGUCUUGGAUAAGGAGGAUGCAAGUAACCAGCCCUGCUACCCAUGGUUAGAGAGUGACACUCCUGUAGCGUCCACCGUGGUCUGUCUGUUCACAGAUUGCAUCAAGCUUUUACACGAGAGCUUCAAAGAUAAGCUGUUGCCAAGCCACCAUGGGGCUCUCUGGUUGCAUCUGUUGCAUUACUGUGAAUGUUGCACAGCCCCCAAAAUGCCAGAGUUUAUUCUCUAUACUUUCCAUACUGAGUUCAGAAGGCUGCCAUGGAAGGAAAUGCAUCCAGACCAGAUGCUUAUGGAGGAGUUCUUCAAAAUUGAAAGAGGCAGCCCCAAGAGUUGUUUCUUAUUCCUGGGUUCUAUUUUAUGUGAAAUCAACUGGGUCAGCGUCCUUUCUGAUGCCUGGAAUCCCAGCCCUCAUCCUCAGACUCACAACAUGAUUGUCUGUUUGCUGUACAUGAUGGUCCUGUUGGCGAAGGAGGAACAGCUCAUUGGCAGAGAGGAGUCACCUCUCAUAAAUCUGCUUGGACAGACCAGCUCCCUUCCUUGGCAGCUUGUGGGCAUUUCGUCUUACCAGAGCAUCAUCAGCUACUGCAACAGUCACUACCCUCCCUCCGUUGUCCUCGCGAAGGAUGCUGCAGCUGAACUGAUAGUGAAGCUUCUGAAAAUCUCAGCGGGCUUUGGUGCAUCUUCAGAUAGUCACGUCCACCUUGAUGCAACACUGAAGUGCCAAGCAUACAUUCGCCAGGUGGUUCAAUUUCUCAGCACCUUAGAACGAAGUGGGAAGAUUACACUUGCAGUGUUGGAACAGGAAAUGUCCAAGUUGCUGGAUGAUGUGGUCAUCUUUAAUCCUCCAGAUAUGGACCUGCAAACGCGACACAUGGCCCUCAGCAGCCUCUUCACGGAGACGCUGAUGAUGCUGAACAAUUCCAGCGUGACAACAGCCGAGUCGCUGCGGGGCAGCCUGCGGAGGUGGAUCGACGGUAGAGUGCGCGGGUUGCUGGCGAUGCCCCUUCUGACCGCGGCGUGCCAGAGCCUGGCCUCUGUGCGACACAUGGCGGAGACCACAGAAGCCUGCAUCACCGCCUACUUCAACGAAGAUUUUCCUCACCACCAGGAUUUAGGCUGGGGCCCUAUACUCGCCUCCCUCCAACUUCCUGAGCUAACGAUGGAUGAAUUCCUGCAGGAGUGUUUGUCUUUAGGAAGCUACUUGACCCUGUAUGUCUAUCUGCUGCAGUGCCUAAACACAGACCAGACUCUUAGCAAUGAACUAAAAAUCCUCCUAACCAUCAACAAAUGGCUGGACCAGGUGUUCCCAAGCUCAGCAAAGGAAGAGGCGAAGCUGUUUCUUUGGUGGCACAAAGCCAUGCAGUUAUCCUUGAUUCAGAUGGAGCAAGAUGACCCCGUCCUGAUCACAUCUGUCAUUCAGAUGCUGCUGUCCAUGCAGGGCAGGCAGAGCCAGCUGGCUGAGGAGAGACUGAGCUCUGGGCUACUGGGAGCUAUUGGACUAGGCAGGAGGUCCCCCUUGUCACCCAGGUUUCGGGUGGUUGCCCGCAGUUUGUCUGCCUUCCUCUUGGUGCAGAUUCCUGGAGACACUCAAGUCCGCCUGAAAGCGGGGACAGAGCCAAAGCUGUCGACGAAGGCCCAGCAGGCAGUGAAUGCUCUUGAAUCCAUGGCAUCAAACAAGCAAUACGUGGAUUAUCAGGAGCAGCUCUCUCAGGCCUCUCAGUUCAUCAAGCAUCCUGAACAUUGUCUUCGAGACGGCAAUAAUCUCUUGGCUCUCCUUAUUAACACGCUGUACCCAGAAGUGCAUUAUUUGGACAGCAUACGAUAG